AUGAGAAGCAUCGCUGUUUCCUCGGCACACGACCACUCGACCGCAGACGUACAGUCUACAUCCCAAAGCAAGUCCGUCGCUGACCCAUGGCCGCCAGCCCAGACGCUGGCGGGCUACAUGGCGGAGAACCCUAACAAGUCAGUCGCAAGUGCAAUGGCCAAUGUCUUUCCAAAAUCGCAACCGUUUUCUCGCUUCAUGGCCAGAAUCCCUGGCAAGCACUCGGUCAUCAAGGGCUUGACCGAGAGAGAGCUCGUCUUCCUCGAGUCCCAGGGGCCAGAAAUCCGGCGACGCGCAGGCUGGAAAUUCAAAGGCGAGGAAGGCGAUGGCGUCGAGGUCACCGAGCUCUUCUGGAAGAUGUACCUUUCCUGUCUACCGACCAUCGAGAGAGACCCGCUCGCUGGUUACACAUCGCCCGAUCUUCUGGGAAGCACGACCACAAUGCCCCUUAGCAUCAUCUCUGUAAUUCCCGACAUCAUGAAGCACUACCGCGACGUCAUUGUUCGGGCGCAGCAUGAGGUCUUCCUUGCAACAAACUAUUGGCAACCCUCCGAUUCCGUCAGCACUGUUACCCAGGCCCUCAAGGAGCUCUCGGCGCGCGUGCAGAAGGAAGGUCGCGCCAGGGUCGUCGUCAAGGUCAUGUACGACCGCGGCAGCUGGGAGCAGCUCUGGAACGCUCACGCGCCGGUACCGCCGACUGUCUACACCAAGCUCGACCUCCCGGAUCCCAAGGAUGUGCCAGGGUUGCAUCUCGAAGUCAUUAACUUUCACAAGGUGUUACUUGGCACGUUCCAUGUCAAGUUCCUGAUCGUCGACCGUAAGGUCGUUCUCCUCAACAGUUGCAACAUCCAAGACCGCCCUAACCUCGAGAUGAUGACGCACCUCGAGGGCCCUGUUGUGGACUCGUUCUACGACGUCGCCCUGCAUUGCUGGAACAACAAGCUCGAUCCGCCGCUCCCCUGCAUUACGAAGCCGUACGAACCGCCACGAGACAGCGAUGGAAACGUGCGCUAUCUGUUCCGCGACUACAACCCAUACUUUCGCGAGAUCGAGGUUCUUAAGGCUGCACGUGCAGCGCGCAAGUUACUGCGAGCGCAGACACAACAGAUUGACGAGGAGCUGCGGGACCUGGACACUCAUCCCACGUAUGACCGUCUCGUGGAGUCUAUCCGCCAAGCGAUGGCUGGGCCGCGUCAGAGCUUUGCUCACAACAAGGAAGAGUUAGCCAAUCGCUUUGCCCACGGCCGAGCCGAGGUCGCGCACCGAGGGGCGACCGCGAUGAAGGAGAUGCGCGCCUAUGGCGAGCGUAUCGGAAUGAACUUUAGCAGCCGUCCUGGCAGCCGGAGAACGAGUAUGACCGACCCAGACGUCCGUCGCUACUAUAAUGACGAGGAGACGGCUGCGAUCACGGCAGCCAACAAACUGAUCACGAAGCCUGUUCCCUCGGAUGCCCCUACGUCUCCGACGUUGAGCGAGUUCCCCGUCAAAUCGCACACGUACCCGAUAACCAGCCACAACGGUCCCUUCCAUCACGACGACGACCCGACAACAACCGUCACAAGCUCGCGUAGACAAAGCUUCCACUCUGCUCACGAGGCGCUGAGCCACGACGGACAUGGUCCACAAAUAACUGCCGAAUACGGCGAGCCAAUGAUCACCGAGCGCAUGGUGGAGAGCCCAGACGCGGAUCCCAAGACGGUGGACGACGGACCGGAGAAGGAGGGACAACAGAGCCACAGUUUCUUAUCUCCCACAUCCAGAGGUUCCUCAGCGUCCAAGACCUUACCAGUGGAUGGCCCAUCGGCGCCUUUCCCAAAGUCGUCGCCGUUUGGCGACGAGGGUGCAUUAAGCUCAGCACAUGGCGGGCUCAUGCCCAACGGCGGCGCGACCCCUAGGCGCUCGUUUCACUGGCAAGACGACCUGCCUUCGGGAUCGCAGUCGCCAUUGUACAUGCCAAGGAUGUCGAUGGACGAGGAGGUUCCACCCGGUCGAGGUACAAGGCGCAUGUUCAAGCUCUCGAAGCGGUUCAACGCUGGUGCGCUAAGCGAGGCAUGGGCCACUGUCGAGGACUCGGACGAACUCGACAACUUCCGUGCACAUCGCAUACACGCUCCCCACGCUCCAUUCCCAAUCGCAAUGGUGUGUCGCCGUCCCCACGGUGUGCCGGGCCACCACGACAUCUACAACCCUCAGAAUGCCGCUUGGCUUGCGGGGUGCCGCUAUGCCCAGCGCAAGGUGUUCAUUCAGACUCCGACAUUCAACGCCCGCCCUCUCGUGCGCGCUGUCAAACACGCGUGUCGGCGUGGAGUCGAGGUCAUCUUAUUCCUCGACCUCGGCUUCAACGACAUGGCGGAGAGCAUCAUGUUCCAGGGCGGAACCAACGAGCAGGUGGUCGACCGUCUGUACAAGAAGCUCAUCAAGGAGGGCAAGUCACAGUACCUCAAGGUGUACUGGUAUACGAGCAAGGACCAGAUCCGACCUCUGAACGCGAUCAUCAAGCAGCGAAACUGCCAUAUCAAGUUUGCUGCGUACGACGACGAAGUCAUGAUCCUAGGCAACGCCAAUGGCGACACGCAGUCCGUAUUCCACUCGGGCGAGGUCAACAUCAUGAUCGACAGCAAGCAGGUCGUUGGGGAAGUUAUGGACACGCUUAUGUCCAACCAAAACACGUUGCGAUAUGGUGGUGUGCAGGCGGAUGGCGUGUGGCGCGACCGCGAGAACAAGACGCUUGCCGACUAUGGCGCGACAGGAGGCGGCGGCUUCAUGCAAGGAGUUAAGGCAUUCAUUCGCUUUGCCAAGACGGCUGCCAAAUAA